UUAAGCAGUCUCCCACAUGGUGUCUUUGAAGAUCUGGACAACCUCACACAGCUCCUGCUACGCAACAACCCCUGGCAAUGCACUUGCAGGAUGAAAUGGGUGCGUGACUGGUUGCGGUCAUUGCCAUCUAAGGUGAAUGUACGUGGCUUUAUGUGCCAGGGUCCUGAUAAGGUCAAAGGCAUGGCAAUUAAAGACCUAACCACAGACAUGUUUGAGUGCACAGAUUCAGAACUGAUCCCCACAUAUGAGACAAGCACAGUCUCCAACAUUUUACACCCCUCACAGCCCCAGUGGCCCUUGUUUGUGACUAAAAGGCCUGUGGUAAAAGGGCCUGACAUUAGUAAGAAUUACCACAGCACUACCACCUCUUCCGGCAGAAAGAUCAUUACCAUCAGUGUGAAAUCAAGUGGUGCAGAUACAAUACACAUAUCAUGGAGUGUGUCACAGCCAAUGACUGCCCUACGCCUUAGCUGGCUAAAACUGGGACACAGCCCUGCCUUUGGAUCCAUCA